AUCAGCUGUUUGUGCUAUUUGGUCAGAAAAGUGAAAUAUUUUGAGUGAAAAAACGAAAAUUUCAGUUUUUGGCAUUGUACGAUUAGACAUUCGUUUUGCUUACUAUUGAAUGAUCCGAGGCUUUCUGCUGACAACAGUUAAAAGAAUGCCCUUUUAUGCUGUGGCAAAGGGACGGACUGUUGGUGUCUAUCAAACAUGGCCUGAAUGUCAGAGACAAGUAAACGGAUUUACUGGAGCAAAGUACAAAAAGUUUCCUACACGCCAACAAGCAGAAGUAUUUAUUCGGGAGAAUGGUGGUAGCGUUUCCGCAUCCAGUACCGAUAGUGGUAGCAAUUCCUAGACGGAUUUUCAACCUAUUGUCCCACCAGCAGAAUCCGUUAGGGUGUUGAUUGAUAACUAUGAUGAAAUCAAUGCUGCUUGCUCUAGGAUCGAAAGUUUAAAGCGGGAGCUAGAUGAAUUAAGAGGAUCUUCGGCAUCUAGCGCUGCCGGGGACGCACCUAGCGUUUCGACAUCAAAAGCUUCCAAGCGUCAGAAAUUAUCUUGCCCGAUGAAACCGGUAACCAAACUACAGAGAUUUGGUAAAUACAGUUUUCUCCAAGACGAAGAUGGGUUCGUUCAUGUCUACACGGACGGGUCCUGCGAGGGAAAUGGAACUGCAGCCGCUUGUGCUGGCCUAGGUGUCUAUUUCGGCGAGGGACAUGCUUUGAAUAUAGCGAAACCCGUUAGUGGGCGAGCAACCAACAACUGUGGUGAAAUACAAGCUGCUUCAUUGGCCAUUCGCCUUGCCAAAGAGCAUGGAAUCAAAAGACUGAUCGUCAACACAGAUUCCAAAUUUUUGAUUGAUUCCAUUACCAAGUGGUUGCCCGGCUGGAAGCGAAACCAGUGGAAGUUAUCCACGGGAAAACCGGUUAAAAAUCAAGUGGAUUUUAUGGAACUGGAUCGGGAGCUUGCGGGCAGUCAGAUCCAGGUUCGGUGGAACCACGUCGAUGCACACUGCGGUAUCCUGGGAAACGAAAGGGCCGAUGCCUUGGCUCGGGAGGGAUCUGCCAUGUUCCGAAAGCAGAAGACGACUCGUUAAAAUGAUUCCAGUUAGUUUAACAUUCGUUUUUACUCUAUCUUUAAAUAAAUAUUGACCAUUUUAUUAGGGUACGUUUAGAGCUUACCGGUUGUAAGAAAUUUUCAAU